AUGUCAUCAGGCAGAAGGAUCCUUUCCUGGCUGCAAUUUGAUAUUCGUCUGUGUGCCGUUCGCCUGGUAAAGUCCUUGAAGGAGUCUCACAAGGGGAAAGUUGAUCGAUUUCUUUUUGUCGUGCGUUCUUACGCCCCAACUGACCGUAGCUCUGACACCAUCAAAGACAAGUUUUACGACGGCCUGAAUGCCCUGUUGCGGCGAGCUAAAAGCUCAGGCAUCGUGGUGGUUGUCAGAUGUCUGAAUGCACAAGUGGGCAGGCUUAGCUCAUCUGAGACACAGUUGAGUGGUCGACGUGGGCUGGACUCGAUGCUAUCUGUUGUCAACUCAACGAAAGACACAUGGCAAGAGCUGGGAUUCGGUGACCUCCAGAAAUCGUUAGAAUCUACCGUCUUGGAGCUAGCUUCCAAUCGCGAGAAAGGAGAUGUUGCAAGAGCCAACUUGGUUCAACUUACACGGGAAUUCCGCAAAAGUGCUUCCGAAGAAAGCAAGAAAGCGGUUCUUGCAUUGCUCAAAAGCUUCCAAGCGGAAGUUGAUGCCUCACGGAAACGCUGUGCUUACGCAGAAGACGCCUACAUUUCUGUGUACAAAAGGCUCAUUGACCUUCCAGGUAUGCACUUUCUGAAGUUCAUUCACAUCGGAAAAGAUCCCACAUUGGCUCUUACAGAGGUUCAAAACCUUCAGAAAAAGGCCAGUAGAUCAACUGACACAGAGUGCGAGAAUCGAAAAUUACGAGAGAUAAACGAACAGCUACGUACCGAAGUGUCUGCACUAAGACACCAUGAAACCGAGGCAGCUCGCCUGCAAAAGCUCUUGGAUGAUUUGAACAGCAACAUGGAAUCCGAGCUAAAAUCAAGGAAAGCAUCUCUGGAAGAAAGUUUCAAGAAAACGGUUUUGGAGAGAGAACAAGAACUGAUGGUUUUGCGAGCCGAAAUGGAGGAGAAACAUAAAAUAAUGGAAGAGAAAACUGUGGGACUGACUAAAGCCCUUGAAAUGACGCAGUCGGAACUGUUCACACUGAAGGUACAGGCGGAUACAUCAGAGAGUGGGAAGACCUCAGAACUCGAAAUUCUCACGGAUGAACUUGACAAGGCCCGCGAACGAAUUCGUGAAUUGGAAGGCAGUCUGCCACCUUCGUUCACAGGCCGUUCUGACAAUGAAAAUAUCACCAGCCAAGUUUUGACCCUGACAUCACGCGUUGAGGAUCUCGAAUCGGAUUUGAGUCAGAAAGAAACUGAAAUCUCACUAUAUGCUUCAAAGUUGUCCGUACUGCGACAAGAAAAGGAGGAAGUUCAGUCGACACUCCAAGGUAAGGUUGAGGAACUACAAACAUGGAUCACCAACUUGGAAACACAGUUAUCGGAAGCUCGGUUGCGAUUGCAAUCCCAGUCGGAUUAUGAAGAAGUGUGCCGCGAGCUUGCCUUUCUUCGCUCAAUCGAAUUUUCUAAUGAGAACUUAGUUUCGGAAAGGGGUGAGCCAGAGGGAACCGCUCAUUUUGAUUCGAACGACCCUGCAGCGUCAGCUCCUGUUUUGAAACCUCCUUUGGAAGUGCUGUUGAUGAACAAGAAUCGUGCCUUACAAAACCAGAUAGCUGAACUUAGUGCUACAACUGAUCAACUGAGAGCCGAGCUACACCGUCUUCAGAUGUUUGAAGUUGAGUCCCGACAGCAGGCACAGGAACAACGGGAGCUCAUUGCGGUUUUGGAGUCUGAUUUAUAUCGGCUCCAGGAAGCCUAUGACGAGGCUCAACGGCUCAACAUGUUCGGGCAAACCGGUACUCCCAGUCAAGACCAAUUGCACACCACGAGCCACGCGGCCUGCAGAGAAGGUCAAAUAUUAGCUGAAGCAAUUGGUGAAGAACAACCCAACCAAACCACAGUGCCACGUGUUGACCCCUCAUUACUCCAAAUUGUGGUACACCAGCGUGAUCGUUUCCGAGCACGGACUGAGGAAUUGGAACAGAGCGAGUCAAACCAUAAGCAGCAGAUAAUCCUCCUGCAACGCGAAGUCGAAUCAGUUCGAGCGGAUAACGUCAAAUUGUACGGUAAAAUCCGCUUCCUCCAGUCGUAUUCCAGUCCGCGACAUAAUCCACCUGUUCCGGAAUCCACCAAAUCGACAUCAGUCGCCAUUCCAUUGAAUCAGGACUCCGUUGUUGAGAAAUAUUCCCAGGCAUACGAGGCCGAUUUGGAUCCGUUCAGCCAAUUCCAUCGUCAAGAACGUCAGCGGCACUAUCGAGAUUUGCGACCGCAUGAUAAAUUGAUGUUGAAAAUAUUUCGGCUGGUUGUUGGCAAUCGAACUGCUAGACUUGGUGCUUUUGUCUACGCCUUGAUCCUGCAUCUACUGGUCUUUCUGGCGCUGUACAAGGCCGCACAUUUUCAAACAACUGCGAACGAAGCAGAAGCUAAUUGUCUUCAACGGUACGCGGAGCACAUGCGAUUGGUCCACAAAGAAGGGGCGCCAAACGGAUACCUAUAACGUAGUCGCUGCAUCCGUUGAACCAUCUGUGAUUUCCAACUCAUUUGAAUUCGAUCAUGGUUUAACCUCUCCCCAAUUUUCGUCCCUUCUGACCGACAGUCAACUUCUUGCUGUGUGAUAAGUGCUUUCAACUGUUUGAGAGAUUGUUUU